AUGAAAGGUAGUAUAUCGAAGCCAUUGUCGAGCCCUAGACGGGCGGAGAAGUUUCCGCCGCCGCUAAUGCGGUUCCUGCGAAGCAACGUCGGCAGCCGGAGCCGGAGCCGGAGCAGGUCGCGGUCGAGUCCCAUAUUUAACCUCCGCGGAAGGAGAAGCGCGCCGGCAGCCAUCGAAGAACCAUCCUCGCCGAAAGUCACCUGCAUCGGCCAAGUCCGCAUCCGCCGCUCCAAGGCCACGAGAGCCGUGAAAAAACGCCGCCGCUGGAAAAGCCUCUGCUUCGGAAACAAUCCGUUAGGCGGAUUGCUCUGCAAGUGCAGCUCAAUUUUCGGGUGGGGAUACAGCAAAAAGGUCGAUUCCAAAAUUGAAAACCUAAGCAAUGGACAUUAUGAGAGCCCCGCCGAAAAUAAAAGGGGAUUUAUGGAAACUUAUUCCCCUCCAAAAAAUGCGUUGAUGUUGACCAGAUGCAGAUCUGCUCCCUACAGAUCUUCGUCCUUGGGAGGUCGAUUUUGGGGCUUCGAUAAUGAAGACAAAUCGGAUGAAUUAGCGAUAAGCAGCAAUAGUGAAAAAGAAGAAGAAGAAUUAGAAGAGAUGGAGAAUUCAGCUGAAAAUGUUGAAGAAAUGAAGAAAAUUGGCGGCGAUGCGCAGCGGCUAAGGAGGUGUAAAUCGGAGCCGGCGAGUACAGGAGAAAGACUAGCUGUUUCACAACCCAGUUUAAUUGUUAGGGGAUGA